GAUUGAAUUGAUUUAUGAGUUUUCGAUAUGUAAUUGACUCAAUCUCAUUGUCAAAAAGACAUAACAACAUUAAUAUUAAAUUUACGUUUCUUUCAUACACAUAUUCAUAUUUUAAACUAUGAGUAGACCUGAUCAAAUUUCUAUAUCGAGUAGUGUUCAAGAUGAAGAGGAAUUCAUUCCUAGACAAUUUGAAGCUACUGAUGCUCAAUCUGAAAUAUCACCUAUAAAUUCGAGAUUUAGUGGUGUUGGUUCUGAAAGAAAUUUAAGAAUUACUAGAACGGAAACAACAAAAUCAUUACAAGAUUUAGGUAUUUCGAGUGAUGUACCUAUUGGAGAUGUUAAUGCUCCACCAGUGGAAGCUGCAAUUUUUCCAGAAGAAUAUACUCUAGAAACUAGUACAGGUUUAGUCCCAGUACAGACAUUACAAGAGUUAGGUAGAAUAAAAUCAAAUAUUGCAAGAAAAGAGCUUAGUCGUCCCCGAACAUCAUCGGUCGCAUCUGGUGAAAGUCUUAACGAAUACGAUGAAGAAUCUAGUUCGACAGAUGAAACAAAAGUUCACGGGACUAAUCUCAAGAAAAUAGCAACUAAAUUCGAUAAUUUUGAUCCAGAUAUUGAAUUUGUUACUUUUCUUAUAAAUGAUCCAGCAAAUCCUCAUAAUUGGUCUAUGACUUGGAAAUGGCUUUAUACUAUCAUUUUAUCUAUAUUUGUUAUUUCAGCUGCAUAUGGUUCAUCAUGUUUGGCUACCGGAUUACCUACAGUUAAUGCUAAAUUUGGCGUUUCAACUGAAGUAUCAACUUUAACUGUAUCCUUGAUGGUUUUAGGUUUUAGUAUUGGACCAUUAAUUUGGGCUCCAUUAUCAGAACAAAUAGGUAGAAGACCUGUUUAUUUCAUUUCAUUUGGUUUGUACGUUCUUUUCAACGUUCCUUGUGCAGUUGCAAAAAAUAUCGGUACUUUAUUAGUAUGUCGUUUCUUGUGUGGUGUGUUUGCUAGUUCUGCCUUAACAAAUGUUGGUGCAAGUUUAGUUGAUAUUCAUAAUGAAACUAGAUCAUUAGCUAUUGCUUUCUUUUCUUUUGCUCCUUAUUCUGGUCCAGUAUUAGGAGGUAUUGUUAAUGGUUUCGUAAGUGUAAGUACACAUAGAUUUGAUCUCAUUAUUUGGGUGAACAUGGCUUUUGCAGGUGUUAUGUGGCUUAUAGUUGCUUCGAUUCCCGAAACUUAUGCUCCAGUUAUAUUAAAGAGGAGGGCUCAAAAAUUAAGAAAAGAAACUGGUAAUGAUAAAAUCAUGACAGAACAAGAAGCUACACCAUUAUCAAUCAUGGAAUUAAUAAAUGAUUGCUUAAUUAGACCAUUGAAAUUUAUUGUUCAAGAGCCUGUUUUGGAUUUAGUAUGUGCAUUUGUUGCUCUUAUCUAUGCCAUGCUUUAUGCAUUUUUCUUUGCUUAUCCUGUCAUUUUCAAUGAAUUAUAUGGUUUUGAAGAUAACAAGAUUGGUUUGAUGUUCAUUCCUAUUUUGAUUGGAGCAGGUUUGGCAUUAACUACAACUCCAAUUCUUGAAAAAAGGUAUAUGGCUAUGACUAAGAGAAGAACUCCAGUUCCUGAAGAUAGAUUAAUUGGAGCUAUGAUUGGAUCUCCAUUCCCAUGCAUUGCUUUAUUUAUUUUAGGGGCUACAUCAUAUAAACAUAUUAUUUGGGUUGGACCAGCUUCAUCAGGUAUUGCCUUUGGUUAUGGUAUGGUUUUAAUUUAUUAUUCAUUAAAUAACUAUAUCAUUGAUACUUAUGCCAAAUAUGCUGCUUCUGCAUUAGCUACUAAAGUGUUCUUAAGAAGUGCUGGUGGUGCUGCAUUCCCAUUAUUUAUAACUCAAAUGUAUCAUAGAUUAGGUUUGCAAUGGGCUAGUUGGUUAUUAGCCUUUAUUUGUUUGGCCAUGAUAUUAAUUCCUUAUACCUUCUAUAUGUUUGGUAAGGGUCUCAGAGCCAAACUAUGCAAAGAAGAUUAUUCUGCCGUUCAUUAUUAAUGGUAGUAAUUUACUAAUUAACCAAAUAAUACAUUUUAUUUAUUAGAUAUAUUUUUAUUUUAUAUUUAUUAGAAAAUCGUUUAACUUAAUACAAAUUAAUAGAUUAUGCUUAAUUACCAAAAUAAGUAAUAUGUAAUUAAAUAAUAAUUAAAU